AUGGCCAAGUUGAUCUUGCUUACCGGUCUGGUACUCCUGCUCAAUGCACAAAUAGGUUCUGCCUAUGUGCUAUCAUGCUACUUCACCAACUGGGGCCAAUACAGACCAGGCCUUGGGCGCUAUAAGCCUGACAAUAUUGACCCUUGCCUGUGUACUCACCUGAUCUAUGCCUUUGCUGGGAUGCGUAACAAUGAGAUUGCAACCAUUGAGUGGAAUGAUGUCACCCUCUACAAAUCUUUCAAUGGCUUGAAAAACCAGAACGGAGAACUGAAGACUCUUCUGGCAAUUGGAGGCUGGAACUUUGGAACAGCACCAUUCACCGCAAUGGUUUCCACUCCUGAGAACCGCCAGACCUUCAUCAAUUCUGUCAUCACAUUCUUGCGUCAAUAUGGUUUUGAUGGACUGGACUUUGACUGGGAGUACCCUGGCUCUAGAGGCAGCACUCCUCAAGAUAAGUCCCUCUUUACAGUCCUGGUUAAGGAAAUGUUGGAAGCCUUUGAGCAGGAAGCCCAGAAAACAAACCAACCCAGGCUAAUGGUCACUGCUGCUGUUGCUGCUGGACUUUCCAAUAUUGAGUCCGGCUACCAAAUUCCUGAGCUUGGCCAGUAUUUGGACUAUUUCCAUGUGAUGACCUAUGACUUCCAUGGAUCCUGGGAAGGUUACACUGGAGAGAACAGCCCUCUGUACAGAGGUCCUGCUGAUACUGGUGGCAAUAUCUACUUCAACAUUGAGUAUGCCAUGAACUACUGGAAAAACCAUGGUGCCCCAGCUGAGAAACUCAUUGUUGGAUUCCCAACUUAUGGACACACCUUCAUCCUCAGCAAUCCAUCCAAUACUGCCAUUGGUGCCCCCACAUCUGGGCCUGGGCCUGCUGGACCUUACACAAGACAAUCUGGCUUCUGGGCUUACUAUGAGAUCUGCACCUUCCUGAAAAAUGGAGCUACACAAGCCUGGGAUGGUCCUCAAGAUGUGCCCUAUGCCUACAAAGGGAAUGAGUGGCUUGGGUAUGACAACAUCAAGAGUUUCAACAUCAAGGCUGAGUGGCUGAAGAAGAACAACUUUGCAGGUGCCAUGGUUUGGUCCCUUGACUUGGAUGACUUCACUGGCACUUUCUGCAACCAGGGCAAAUACCCCCUGAUCACCACCUUGAAGAAUGCUCUUGGACUGCAGAGUGCAAGUUGCAAAGCUCCUUCCCAGCCUUUUUCUCCACCAUCCUCUGGAAGUGGCAGCGGAAGUUCUGGAGGUAGCCCAAGCAGCUCCGGAGGUAGCCCAAGCAGCUCCGGAGGUAGCCCAAGCAGCUCCGGUGGAAGCCCAAGCAGCUCUGGUGGGAGUGGAUUCUGCGCUGGAAGAGCUGGAGGCCUUUAUCCAGAUCCAACCAAUAAGAACAGCUUCUACCACUGUGUGAACGGAAGGACCUUCCUGCAGCAUUGCCAGACCGGUCUUGUCUUUGACCCUAGCUGCGAUUGUUGCAACUGGGCAUGA